CAGCGUCUACGGUCUGUGGUUGCCUACGUCUCUACGUUAAUUAGUGCCGUUAGUCGUUAAAUGGUCGUUAAUGGUCUUGUUAUUAUAUUGUAACAAUAAUAUUAAUAAUAAUAAAUUGUGAAUUGUGAACAAGAAGGUUUAAAUGUAUGUACUUAUCUUCAAUAUCUUUGAUUGUGAAUAACAUAACAUAACCUCAAAUUCGUGAUCAAAAUGUUCAAUCAAAACAAUGAAGAAGAAAAGAAACUCGACUGGAUGUACAAAGGCCCUAAUAGUACGGUCAGUCGAGAAGAAUACCUACUCGGGAGGCCAGUUGACAAAACUUUAGAGCAACUAAACGACGAAGAAAAAGAGAAACAGAAACAGCAAAGUCUCCUUCCUGUACCGAAAAACCGUGUAGAGCACGAAUGUAUUCCACCAUCGAUUAGAGAUUUCAAUAAGCUUGUCCAGGCAGAACAGGUGGAUUUGUCGACAAAAUUGCAAGAGGAUCCUCUGGUUGCCAUAAAAAAGCGAGAAGAAGAAACUAGGCGGCAAUUUUUACAAAACCCUGUUCAGCUGAAAAAAUUACAGAAGGCCUUGAAAGCUCAACAAGCAAAAAAGAAGAAGAAGAAGAAAAAGAAGUCAAAACAGUCGAGCGACUCUGACAGCGAUUUAGACCAGAAGUUGGCGGAAAAAUUAUUAGGGAAAAAAAGUAAAAAAGUCAGUAAAAAAGAGCGCCAGCUUGACACAAUAUUGAUCCAUAAGUUUGAAGCGUUGAAAGACAAACUCAGCGAAAGUGAUUUGCAAGAUAUUUUAAGUGGUCAGUUCACUGACUGCGACGAUAGCAGUGAAGAGGAAAAAGUGAAGAAGUCACGGAAAAAGCGGGAGGAAAGUUCUGAUGAGUCUGAGGAAGAACGAAAAGAAAGACGCCAUAGAAAUGUAGAUAGAAACAAGAGUAAAAAAAGACGAGAUUCCAGUGAUGAAGACAAUUCCAAGAAAAAAAAGAGCAAAGGGCGAGAGAGGUCGAAAGUUAAUGAUCGCGACAAAGAACGUAGACGAAAUACUGGAAGAAACAAAAGUCGGAGUAGAAGCCCGCCUAAUAAAUCAAGUUCUGAGAGUGAACCUGAAAGUAGGCACCGCCACUCGAGACAUUUUGACAGCGACGACUCUGAUUCUUCCAAAAAUAGGAAAAUGAGUUAUGGUCUUGUAAGUUCUGAUGGCAAAAGCAUCCCAUUAUCAAGAAAACUUAGCAGCGACAAGCAAGACAUGAAAGACAAAACAACAAAAACGAAGGAAACAACGCCCCCAAUUCAAAAACGAAAAGCGCAUAAAUUAACUGAAGAAGAGAAAGAAAAGUUGAGACAACAAAUGAUGGAGAAUGCAGUCUGGCGCGAUAAAGAACGGGUGCAUAACGUGAGAAAGUAUCGCGAAAGAGAAGAAAAAGAGAAGAAGGAACAGAGUUUUGACCCUGAUUUCAUCCACAAGCAAUUGCUGAAAUCUGCUGACAGUAGUAGCGUUGAAAGUAGAAUUAAGUCAAAUUUAAAUAAAAUUCAGAGGUCUAGUAGAGACAUGGAUAGACAUUUUUCCAGAAGGUAGUAAUGUUUUAUUUAUAUUUUUCACAAAGUGUAUAUUUAUUGUAAAAUAAAGCAUAUUUGUUUAA